AUGGACAGCGGAAAAUUGUACAGAUAUUAUCGGCCGAACGGUUUCGGAUUUCGUUGGUUGAUGUACCACUUUUUGCUCGCUGACGUUAAAUUGAGGCACGCUUUAAAUCUGGGCUCGAAUUGCGGUGUCGUCACGUUUCUCACUUUGGUUAUGGCUUCGAUCGUCUUAUUCUGCACGCUCGCGAGCACAAAGACGAUUGCUUCGAACGAGGAGGACUUCCUGACGCUUCAGAAGGAGAUCGAAAAGAAAUUCCCACGGAAGAAAAGCGUGACGGACAUCAGGCCAGCUUACAAUUGUAUUCGCAAGCACCUGCAGCAGACCAACGUGUUUCAGGAGAAGACAAAGAAAAUGCUAUGCAAGGAGCUACUGGAGAUCGAUAUAUUGAAUAGCAAGAUCAACUGUAUUAAUAAGCUAUUAAAACCGGAGGCGCAGUCCGAGUGGCGACAAAGCAGGUUACCCAAAGUGUAUUAUCGUCCCAUUAUUUCAUCGACAUCGAAGUAA